AUGGCUGGACUGCUUCAGACCAACGUUUCUUUGAAGAACAUCUCAGUUGAGCAAUAUGAGCUGCAUUCGAGCUGUCAGAUGAGUCCUUCAGUCCAGCACCAGAACGUCUUAAUCCCUACCAUUUACAGCAUUAUUUGCAUCCUGGGUGUUUUGGGAAAUGGAUUGGUGGUGUUUGUAUUGAGUCACAGCUCAAGUCGUAAGACGGUGGCUAACACGUACAUCCUGAACCUGGCGCUGUCUGACCUGCUGUUCGUCCUCAGCCUUCCGUUCUGGGCUGUUUACUACUCUUUCGACUAUGACUGGAUCUUCGGAAAGCUCAUGUGCAAGCUGUGCGGUGGUCUGCUCACGCUCAACCUGUACGCCAGCAUCUUCUUCAUCACCUGUAUGAGCAUAGACCGCUACAUGGCUAUCGUACAUCCACUGAAGGCUCAGCGGUGCAGGAACGUUUGCAGAGCAAGGGUGGUCAGUUUUAUAGUUUGGUUUGCUGCCGGACUGGCCUCAGUUCCAACCCUGAUUUUUCGUGACACUCUUGCUAUUGGUGAUGUUAACGCUUGUGUGAUCCAGUUCCUCAGUCCGAGCUGGUUUGUCGGGUUUGCAUUGAUGAAGAACAUCUUGGGUUUCCUCCUGCCCUUCGCCAUCAUCACCAGCUGCUACUGCAGCAUUGGGAAGCAUCUUCUCACAGCGCCCGGUCUAGACAAGAGCACCAGCAACCUGGAUAAAGUUCUCAAGAUGGUAGGAGCUGUGGUGCUCGCUUUCUUCUUCUGCUGGUUCCCCUUCCACAUGCUCACAUUCCUGGACGUCCUGGUGAGCCUCAAAGUGCUCCAGCUCUGCAGUGUCAGCAAUAUAAUCAGCCUCGGAAUGCCCUUCACUAUCUGCUUAGGCUUCUCCAAUAGCGCCAUCAACCCUUUCCUGUACUGCUUUGUAGGAAACCACUUCCGUGAGCAGUUAGGAGGCCUGACCCAGACCCUCAGCUUAGGAUCCUCUCAGAAACGAGGGUCGUUCAGCACCAGGUUAAGUUCCUUUACCAGGAAGCUGAGUGACCUCAGAGAUCUGUCGCCUCUGGAGAACGAAGCAGUAUGAACGGACAACAUGGACUUUUGUGUGUGUGCUGAUGGACUUUUUAUGGUCGUCUUUAUAUUUUUGGUCUGUAAUCCUAAAGAGUAAAUCAGAUUUUUUGGAGCAGUGCCACAGAUGGAACACUUUUGAUUCCCAGAUUUCUGUCAUGGCUGGAGAACAUGAAGCCGUUUAUCAUUUGUAA